AUGGCCACUCCCGAUGAUUCCUUCGACCCGCAAUCAAUUGAGCGAGAAAGCGAUCAAGUAGACGUUUGCAUUGUCGGUGGAGGUCCUGCUGGUCUCAGCGCUGCCAUUCGCCUCAAGCAAUUGGCGAACGAGGCCGGCAAUGAAGAUUUCAGGGUGCUUCUUCUCGAAAAAGCCGGCGAACUCGGUGCACAUAUACUCUCGGGUGCGGUAAUACAACCAAACGCAAUCGAAGAGCUCAUCCCCAAUUGGUUGGAUGAGUCCAAUCCGGAACGGUUCGAAUAUGCGACCCCAGCUGGGAACGACAGCAUGAAGUUCUUGACGAAGAGCAUGGCGAUCCCGAUACCCGCGCCGCCGCAGAUGCACAACCAUGGCAACUACAUCGUGUCGCUUAACCAGUUCACCAACUGGCUUGGCGCACGUGCUGAGGAAGUAGGCGUGGAAGUCUAUCCCGGAUUUGCGGCAAGCGAGGUGUUAUACAAGCCAGAUGGUUCGGUCCUGGGCGUUGCUACCAACGAUCUUGGUAUUGGCCGGAGCGGCAAACCAAAGGAAACCUUCGAGCGUGGUAUGGAGUUCCACGCGCGCGUGACAUUGUUCGCGGAGGGCUGUCACGGUAGCUUGACUAAACAGGUCAUCAAAAAGUUCGACCUACGACGAGAUAGUCAACCACAGACGUACGGCCUGGGUGUCAAGGAAGUCUGGGAGGUACAGCCCGAAAAGUUCAAGAAAGGACAAAUCACACACUCAAUGGGUUACCCACUGCCUUAUGACACCUACGGCGGUGGAUGGAUGUACCAUUUUGGGGACAAUCUCGUCAGCAUUGGACUGGUCGUCGCUCUGGACUAUCCCAACCCGUGGAUGUCCCCUUAUGGCGAGUUCCAGAAGAUGAAGCAACACCCGGUAUAUAAGAGUGUUCUGGAAGGAGGCAAGUGCAUCUCUUACGGUGCCCGUGCUCUCAUUGAGGGUGGCUUCCAGUCUAUUCCCAAGGUUGCCUUCCCUGGUGGCGCGCUUAUCGGUGACUCCGCCGGUUUUGUCAAUGUGCCUAAGGUCAAGGGCACGCAUAACGCGAUGAAGUCCGGCAUGUUGGCCGCGGAGGCUGCUUGGAAGGCUCUGUCAGAUACUGAUGAAGGCUCGGUGUUCUUGUAUGAUUACGAGGACAGUCUGCGCAAGUCCCCAAUUUGGAAGGAGCUCAAGGAGGUGCGGAAUAUGCGACCGUCAUUCCAUACCUCCCUCGGCCUGUACGGCGGCAUCAUGUAUUCAGGUCUGGAGGCAUAUGUUCUCAAGGGACGAGUACCCUGGACGUUCAAGCACAAGGCGGAUUACGCCAGGACGAAACCGGCAGAUCAGUGCAAGAAGAUCGAGUACGAAAAGCCCGACGGCAAGCUCACCUUCGACAUCUUGACCAGCGUGUCUCGCACGGGAACAAACCACGAAGAGGACCAGCCGGUGCACCUGCAGGUGAAGGAUUGGGACAAGCAUACAGAGGAGACCUGGCCAACCUUCAAGGGUGUGGAGAACAGGUUCUGCCCGGCAGGGGUUUACGAGUACGUUGAGGACUCCACAAAGCCUCACGGCGUCCGAUUCCAAAUCAACGCUCAGAACUGCAUCCAUUGCAAGACCUGCGAUAUCAAGGCCCCGAAUCAAGACAUCAACUGGCAAGUCCCGCAGGGCGGAGAAGGGCCCAAGUACUAUAUGACGUAG